GCAGUCUCGCAGAAGAAAGAAAGUUUUCGGCUGUGCUGGCUGGUCUGCGCUGCGAUCUCCGAUCUUAAAGUAAUAUCUCACAGUAUACCCAUAAUUCCAGUUGAUAUAUACCCAUUCCGUGUGCUCAGUGGAGCGUCUUCCGCGUUUUGUGGCUGCGUCGCUUAAUUGGCCCAAAAGUAUCUCAAGUGUGUGAUUGUGAAAGUUCCUGAAGAAUAUAAUGUACGUGAGACGAGCCCUGCUCUUGGCCUGCCUGCUGUGCCUGCAGCCGCUGAGUCCUUCACUGGCCAGCGAGGAUGAGUCCAAUCCGCUGCUGGACAUGGCCUCCAUGUUCUUCCAGGAGGCGUUGUCCAACCAGAAUGGUGGUGGCAACAACGGUGGAGGCGGUGGCGGAGGAGCUGGUUUGGCGGGUGUGGCCUCGCUGCUGGGUACCUUCAUGCAGGCCAGUGGCAAAUCCGGAGCAGGUGGCGGAGGCGGCGGCGGCGCUGGUGGAGCCAUGCAAAUCCUCUCGGGCUUGGGCAGUCUCCUCUCCAAAAGUGGCGGUCAGGGCGGCGGCGGUUUUGAUCCCUCCAUCAUUGGCAAUGUCCUGGAGAUGUUCACCCAGGGUGAUGAUGAGGAAUCGACUCCAAACCAAAGGCGCACCAAUGGCGGCGGUUCAGAAUCUGGCAUUGGCCUGGAUACCAUCCUCCAGGUGGCUUCGGCCUUCAUGAACACCCAGGGAUCCAACGAUAAGGCCGCACAUCACCACCAGAAACGUUCCGCCGGCGAGGAACCUGAAAGCGAUAACGGACUGAUGAACCUUCUGCCCUUGGUGAUGCAGGCAGUUAGCUCCUUUGCCGGUCCCGAGGGUCAGAGCACCCAGGAGAAGCACAAAAGCCACGCCUGGGUGCUGCCACCAUUCUUGGAGCACAUCCAUGUGCUGUGGGAUCACUUCUCCAACUCGGAACUGGCCGAUGCCUUGUACGAGAAAUCCGGAGUCAACAAGAUCAUGAAGGGCUUCAAGGGCAACGACGGCAAGUUGGACUACGACAAGCUGUUCGAAUCGCUAAACAACCAAUCCUUCCGGCGGAGGUGGAUCAAGUCGGCCACACUCUACCUGGCCGACUGGGCCAGUUACCUGGCCAAUCCCGAUGUGUAUCUCAGGUACUUCCAGACGGCACAGAUCAUGUUUAACGGCCUGCUGAAGUCUCAAGGUUACCCCAAGCAGACCCACUUCGAUCCCUCCCGUCCGGGCGAGACCAUCUCGAAUCUUUUUGACCAUGUGGCCAAGCACCAUCUGAACGUUAAGAUCGAUUCCAGGCAGUACGUGAAGCCGGCAGUGGGCUAUGCCAAGGAGCUAUUAAAACUCGGACAGGCACGCGGAUUACUGCAGUUCAAUGCCACCGAGAUCAGCGACAAGCUAACGGAUACGCUUAACCUGGAGGUUAUUGAACCGGUGCUAAAAGUCCACCGCGCCUACAGAUACAUCUCGAAGUCGCCGCAAUGCGAUCGCUACGUGCUCUGCCAAAUGAAUGCAGAGGCACUCGAUCAGCAGGAGAAACAGAAGCAGCAUGACCAAUAUCAGCAGCACCACCAGCCCAAGCAGCAGCAGCAGAAUCGACAGACAUCGGCGUCUGGACUAAUUGCCGGAGUCAGUCCGAAAAUCGUCAAGAUCGGCAGCAUGGGUGCAGCGAUCUUCAUUAGCACGGAAACCGGUACGCCGUUCUGGACGCUAUUCGGUGUGAUCAAUGCGCCAUACAAUUGCGAGGCCAAAUACCCAGUCGACUGCAAUGGUUUCCACGAGGGCGAGGCCAAGGUGACUACGGAAUACAUCCACAACGAGCUGUAGUCGCCCCAUUCUAGGUGCAGAUCAAGAUGAAGAUCGAGAUCAGAUCCGGAGGCGAAGGCUCAUUAAGACGAUUUAGCUGUAAUUGAGAUAAAGAUUUCGUGUGUAUAUAGUUUUACGGAUUAAAAUACAUUUAAAUUUAAACUAA